UGUGGUUCCACUCCGUCAUCUUCUUCCCCUUCUCCGCACUCAACUUUCAUUUCUCCGGCCGCCGUUAAUGGUGGUUUCCGGCGGAGGAACCACUCACAUGCUCGAAUUCCCCUACUGAGGAGUAUUGCCUACUUCUCCAAGGUCAAUUACGUGUUUCAACACAGUAGAAUGAGUUUGCCGACUCCAUUUUCAGCUCAGAAGCGGACCUCCGCCUCACUCCCGUCGGAGAACGGCGAACCACGCGGCGGAGCCGCCAGGCUGCUCCCCCGGGGCCGGCAGCAGAUCCACAAAACAUUCAACAACCUGAAGAUCACAAUUCUCUGCGGUUUCAUCACAAUCCUCGUCCUCCGCGGCACGAUUGGCCUUGGUCGCCUCUCGUCCAACGAAUCCGACGGCGACAACCGCCUGAUAAUUGAAGAAACGAAUCGGAUUCUGGCGGAGAUCCGCUCCGACAACGACGGCGACGGCGACGAACAGUUUCCCGACGUCAAUUCAACCUUCAGCCUCGGACCUACAACCAUCUCCUGGGACGAAGACCGGAACGUAUGGCUACAAAAAAACCCCCAAUUCCCAAAUUACAUUAACACCGGAAACCCUAGAAUUUUGCUCGUGACUGGUUCGCCCCCAAAUCCAUGUGAAAACGCAAUUGGCGAUCAUUACCUGCUAAAAGGACUGAAGAACAAGGUAGAUUACUGUAGAAUCCAUGGCGUAGAGAUUGUGUACAACAUGGCUAAUCUAGACAGGGCAAUGGCAGGGAAUUGGGGCAAGCUGCCAUUGAUACGUCGCUUGAUGUUAUCCCAUCCCGAAUUCGAAUGGAUCUGGUGGAUGAAUAGCGAUGCAUACUUCACAGACAUGGCGUUCAAGCUUCCUCUCUGGAAGUACAACGAAUCCAACUUAGUCGUCCAUGGCUACCCUGAUCUGUUAUUCAUUGAAAAGUCAUGGAUAUCUCUGAACACAGGUAGUUUCUUGGUUCGUAAUUGCCAAUGGACAUUGGAUUUGCUCGAUGCUUGGGCGACGAUGGGGCCAAAAGGUUCAAUCAGGGACGAGGCAGGGAAGAUCUUGACGGCGAAUUUGAAGGGCAGGCCGGAAUUCGAAGCGGAUGAUCAAUCUGCGUUGAUAUAUUUGUUGAUUAUGGCGAAGGAUAAGUGGAUGGGGAAGGUUUAUGUAGAGAAUUCGUAUAAUUUGCACGGGUUUUGGGAGGGUUUGGUUGAUCGGUACGAGGAGAUGAUGGAGGAUUGGCGAUCGGGUUUGGGCGACGAGAGGUGGCCGUUUGUGACACAUUUUGUCGGGUGCAAGCCUUGUGGGGGCAACGUGGAUUAUCCGGUCGAGAGGUGUUUGAGGAGCAUGGAGAGAGCUUUUAACUUUGCGGAUAAUCAAGUUUUGAAAUUGUAUGGGUUUCAACACCGGGGUUUGGCGAGCCCGAGUGUUAAGAGGAUUAGAAACGAAAGUGUUGCGCCUUUGGUUGAUGUCGAUUUGUUUGAUAUUCGACAUGUUAUGGAGCACGGCCGGGUGGAUCGAUGAGCUAGCUAGCUAGCUACUACGGCAUUGCAUCGGAGCGAUGACGCUACACGGGUGUUUAGAUCUUCGCCAUUGUCCGAACACCGCGCAUCUCAAUUGUAAAGGCAAAUACAAACUUCUAAAUUCUUUGUAUGGUUAUUUAAAGUAGCAAUUGUUUUGGCAUUUUGUUUAUUCGCAAAGUACCCUAAACCUGGGGUGAGGAUCGACACAAAUGGCCUCAAGAGUAACACGGUGACCUGACAUGAGCCGAUCAACGUAGAAUGUUACGGGUGGCUUACUUCGAAUGACCAUUCGAGGUUAGUAAUUUGUUGUCGUUAUUUUAUGCAUAGUGUAACAACUAAUGGCAUGUAUUCGUUUACGGUGUGUUUUUAAGGUAGAUUUAUGUUCCGAAAAUAUAAAUAGUAUGUUGAAUCAGGUAAAUAUAAAUAUAACAAGUAAAUUGUAUUCCCUUUAUUUGGACUAAUUAUGACACAAUGUCCUUGCAUGAAAGAUUAAAAAGUUAUAUUUCUUUCGUUCGCCUCUAAGGGUCACAUUUACGUU